AUGAGGAUCCUCGCACUGCUUCUGGGGAUGAAAGCCGCGUGCAUCCUGCUGGUCUCCUCGCGCUCAGGCACGGGGGCAGUCAACAACAGCGGCCGGUGGUGGGGCAUUGUGAACGUUGCCUCCUCUGCAAACCUCCUCACCAACUCUAAGAACGUCCAGUUGGUACUGGAUCCCAGCUUGGGCCAGCUGAACCGUCGCCAGCGUCGCCUCAUCCGCCAGAACCCUGGGAUCCUCCACGCCAUCACAGCCGGCCUGCACACCGCCAUCAAGGAGUGCAAGUGGCAGUUCAGAAACCGCCGCUGGAACUGCCCGACCACCCACAGCCUGGCAAUAUUUGGCAAAAUCGUCAACCGUGGUUGCCGAGAGACAGCGUUUGUGUUUGCGAUCACGAGUGCAGGGGUGACCCAUGCGGUGGCCCGCUCCUGCUCCGAGGGGGCCAUAGAGUCAUGCACCUGUGACUACCGUCGUCGGGGGCCCGGGGGCCCUGACUGGCACUGGGGUGGCUGCAGCGACAACGUGGACUUUGGCCGGAUGUUCAGUCGGGAGUUUGUGGACUCCAGUGAGAGAGGAAGGGAUCUCCGAUACCUCAUUAACCUACACAACAACGAGGCAGGGAGAAUGACAGUGUCAUCAGAGAUGCGUCAGGAGUGUAAGUGCCAUGGCAUGUCAGGGUCAUGCACUAUGCGUACCUGCUGGAUGCGUCUACCCAGCUUCCGCGCUGUGGGGGACUUCCUGAAGGACCGCUUCGACGGAGCAUCCCGGGUCGUCUAUGCCAACAAGGGUUCCAACCGCGCCUCUCACCGUACCGAUCCAAGCCAUCUCGAACCCGAGAACCCCUCCCACAAACCCCCAUCAUCCAGAGACCUGGUAUACUUUGAGAAGUCACCCAACUUCUGCACCUACCACGGCAAGACGGGUACCCACGGAACUUCAGGGAGGACCUGUAACAGCUCGUCUCCGGCGCUGGAUGGGUGUGAGCUGCUGUGUUGUGGUAGAGGGUUCCAAACUCAGACUGAGAAGGUCACUGAGAGGUGUCACUGUACGUUCCACUGGUGCUGCCAUGUUAGCUGCCUCAACUGCACCAGCACACAGACAUUACACCAGUGCCUCUGA